GAUUGUCAGACCCCCGCCAAUUGCUUCCGGACGGUCGGUGAGACGUCCAACUGCGAUUUCUCAUCCGAUGACUUCUCGCUGGGAAUCCAAUGCGACGAGUGCGAGCAGGAGUACUAUAUCAACUCCGAAACCAACGACUGCACUAAAUGCACCACCUGCGGCACCGUGGGCAGGGUUACGAUACCCUGUGGUCGAUACAAUGACACUGUGUGUCAGUGUCCGCUGGGAAUUACGGGACCAGGAUGUGAAGUGUCCUGUCAGCCGCCCGUGGGCUGUGCUCUGGUAGACCCCAAUUCGCUGAAUCAGUGUGUGUUUGACACAUCCCGCUACGACCUCAAUGUCAAGUGCACGUCGUGUAUUGAUAAGUAUUUUCUCGCGACGUUGCCGCUGGUGCAGCAUAGCCUGCCAGAUCCGGACGAUCCCUUGUUCUCUCUGCAAGCCAGCGUGGAAGACGGCGAAACGUACACCACCUGCAAGAAGUGGCGUGAUUGCGAAGCAGACGAUCUAAUGCUGUAUCAGAGGGGCACCUCAUUGAAUGAUUCGGUCUGCGGAACACCCACUGCCGUCUCACUCCGACUCAGAAGUCCAGCGGAGAGCUCGGGCAAUUCCUUUGCCAACCAAGUGUAUCUGCAGAUGACCCAAACACCGAACACUUACAGGUUUAUAGUGUUCGACAGAAUGAAUGCCGCGAAAACGAAAGUGCGGCUCUUAAUGGCGCGCCAACUCGCCGACCAAAUGACGCUAGAAGCGGAUACCUAUGGGCCAACUCUACUGCGAUCUAUGGACAUCCAGUAUGCGCAGAUCCAGCCAGAG